UCCCGCAAACCCGGGCGGAAGCUCUGAGCCGUGCCGCCUCACCUGGCGGGACCGGAGCAUGCGCGGCUGGUUUUCAAGGCCGGCGCCUGUAGCCUCAACGGCCAUUUUGGAUUAGGGCACGGAGGGAACGCGGCCUGGAGGGGGGCCGCUGGCGGGGGGGCGUCGUCGUGGGUACAGUUGCGCAGGGGCAAAGGUCGAGAGGUCGCGCUGCCGCCGUUUUUUUUUUGAAGAGAUCGUCCAGUUCUGACUAUGGACUCGCAGCCAACGGCCCGUAGUUUCCAUCCCCUCUAGUGGGCCCUCGGGGGCUCUACUGACCUCCCUCCCUCCCUUGGGACCGGGCCGGGGAAGUGUUCUCGGGCGCGGGAGGUUCCGCAUGCCCAGGCCCGGCCAGGGGAGGUGACCGAUACGUCGCUGGGGCUGACAGUCCGCAUGGCGCCGCCUCUGGCCCCGCUCCCUCCCCGGGACCCAAACAGGGCGGGACUCGAGUGGAGAAAGCCCGGGGCCGUAAGCUUCGCCGACGUGGCCGUGUACUUCUCCCGGGAGGAAUGGGGCUGCCUGCGGCCCGCGCAGAGGGCCCUGUACCGGGACGUGAUGCGGGAGACCUACGGCCACCUAGGCGCGCUCGGAGUCGGAGGCAGCAAGCCGGCGCUCAUCUCCUGGGUGGAGGAGAAGGCCGAACUGUGGGGUCCGGCUGUCCAGGAUCCGAAGGUGGCUAAGUGUCCGACAGAAGCGGACCCAGGUGGAGUAUCGGCAGAUUCCAGAAACAAGGAAGAGGAAAGACAAAGGGAAGGGACGGGAGCCCUGGAGAAGCCCGACCCUGUGGCUGCCGGGUCUCCUGGGCUGAAGGCUCCCCAAGCCCCCUUUGCCGGGUUGGAGCAGCUGUCCAAGGUGCGGCGCCGGAGUCGCCCCCGCUUUUUUGCCCACCCCCCUGUCCCCCGAGCUGACCAGCGUCACGGCUGCUACGUGUGUGGGAAGAGCUUCGCCUGGCGCUCCACGCUUGUGGAGCACAUCUACAGCCACAGGGGCGAGAAGCCCUUCUACUGUGCAGACUGCGGCAAGGGCUUCGGCCACGCUUCCUCCCUGAGCAAACACCGGGCCAUCCAUCGUGGGGAGCGGCCCCACCGCUGUCUCGAGUGUGGUCGGGCCUUCAUGCGCCGCACGGCGCUGACUUCGCACCUGCGCGUUCACACUGGCGAGAAGCCCUACCGCUGCACGCAGUGUGGCCGCUGCUUCAGCCUAAAGACCGGCAUGGCCAAGCACCAAUGGGUCCAUCGGCCCGGGGGCGAGGGGCGUAGGGGCCGGCGCCCUGGGGGGCUGUCUGUGACCCUGACCCCUGUCCGCGGGGACCUGGACCCGCCUAUGGGCUUCCAGCUGUACCCAGAGAUAUUCCAGGAAUGUGGGUGAUGGCCUCAAAAGUGACUAUCUAGACAUUGUGGGAGGCCCGAGAUGGGCUCAGGGGCCCGAACCUCUGCAGCGGCCUACAGGGAGGUCCCAGAAUCCACGGCAAGAGCUGGCCUGGGGUGCGGACAGUCUGAUCUUGGGCUCUCAGCAGCCUCUUCUGCCAGCACCUUGCUCCCGCUGUCCUGGGCUCUCCAAGGCCCCCUUUGCUGAGGCAGGGCUGAGGUGAGAACCCCCCAGACCUCCAUACAGGGAAGCAAAAGCUGUUUCUCCUCCCAGAGAUGCUAAGAGGAUUGAGGUAGAGAAGAACCUUGUUUUCUCUGUUGUCUUUUUCUUUUUACUUUUUUAAUUUUUUGAGGCGGAGUUUUGCUCUUGUUGCCCAGGCUAGAGUGCAAUGGUGCGAUCUCGACUGACUGCAACCUCCCCCUCCUGGGGUCAAGCGAUUCUCCUGCCUCAGCCACCAGAGUAGCUGGAAUUACAGGCAUCUGCCACUAUGCCCAGCUAACUUUUUGUAUUUUUAGUAGAGAUGGGGUUUCACCAUGUUGGCUAGGCUGGUCUCAAACUCCUGCCCUCAGGUGAUCCACCCACCUCUGCCUCCCAAAGUGCUGGGAUUACAGGCAUGAGCCACCUCACCCGGCCUUUUCUUUUUUAUUUUUGACCCUCCCACAACGCAAUACCCAUUGUCUGUUUGUUUAUUUAUUUACUUAUUAAGACAGCAUCUUGCUCCUCACCCAGGCUGGAAUGCAGUGGUGUGAACUGGGCUCACUGUAGCCUAGACCUGCUGGGCUCAAGGAAUCCUCCUGUCCCAGCCUCUCAGAUGGCUGUGACUACAGGUGGGCAACACUAUCCUGGCUAAUUUUUAAAUUUUUUUGCAGAGAUGGGGUUCCCACUAUGUUGAUCAGGCUGGUCUCAAACUCCUGGGUUCAAGCAAUUCGCCCACCUUGGCCUCCCAAAGUGCUGGGAUUACAGGGGAGCCACUGCACUGGCCUUCAUUGUCUUUUUGCUGCACAACUUAAAAAACCAGUGACCCUGUAUUGGAUCUUGCCUGCAGUUGCUGUAUUGAUUUGGGCCCAGGCAGUGUUUUUAAGUGAUAAGAAUUAGUGGUGAAGAUUUAAAGGGAUAUUUUGCACCAAAAUCCAGGUUUCUGGCAUCUCUUGAAAAAUCCAAAGAUUUCACAAGUCCACCUAGGCUCUCAGAAAGUCGCAGUUGUUGGGAGUUGGGCUGAAGCCAGAACUCCCAACUUACCGUGGCCCGGCCACUUAUCCCAUCAGCUCCUGACCAAAGACGAGUUGCCAUUCAUCAUGGCUUGCUUUUAGUGUUUUUGGUGUUUAUCUUAAAGUACAGCAAAGAAGAAAGGGAAGUAUUUCUUGAACCCA